AUGCCAUCCUUCAACCCGCUCCCGCUCGACUCCCCGCCAGCCUCCCCUUCGCUCGACCAGAUGUCGUCGUUCCAGACGCAACCCAACCUGCGUCGACCGCAACACUCGCCGCUGAACCCGUCCAGCAACGGCUACGGCGGUGGCGGCGAUGGUCGAACCGAGCGCCAAGGCUCAGCCGGGUCCGGGUCGGCAUCGUCCUCGGCGGAAUCGGCGCACCAUCCGAUGCAUAACAGUGGCAACCUCGCACGCAUGAGCAGGUCCAGUACUGCACCGAUUAAUUCGAUGGGCGUCAGGAGGGGCGAUUCGUCUACGUUGGACCAUGCCUCGCUCGGUGAGUUGCACUUUUCGGGUGUGUGUGUGUGUGUGCUGUGUGUCUGUGCGCUGGGCUCGGUCGUGGCGCGUCCAGUUCACACGCGCGCGCCUGCGCCAGUCCUGCGCCCGUUGGGAAAUGCGGUGCUGUUCGCUGGCCCGCCCUGACCGGCCGAGGCGUAGCCAUGUGCUGCGAUGUGUUUCAAUACCCACUCGUCAUGGGGCCAUCUGCGAUCCCAUACGGGCGAUAGCAUCAUUUUUGCGAUCUCAGAUGCAACGGAUGAGCUGAAUCUCUUGAGUGUCUACCUUCCACAGGCGUCUUGUCCGGCACGAUCGGCGGCUCGUUCGGACCCUUCCCUCGAUCAUCGACCUUCUCGACCUACGCCGAUGGCAAGGCCCCCUUCUCGCGACGUGACUCAAUGGCCUCGUCCGAUGUCGCAAUCGACCUUGUCGGUGGUGAACAGGCUUACCUGCCGACGUCGGGCUACCACUACUCUCAGUCGGACAACUCGCUCGCUCAACGCGCCGGGGCGCAGACCCCGCCUUGGCACGACAACUCGCCCCUCAUCGACGGUCCUGUGGCGCAGAACGGCGCCUUCGCACGCCACAACGAAGAUUUGCUGUGGACGAAGGAGAAUGCAGCGGAUGACGACUACCUCCACGAACCCGACCCGGCCGUCGAGGCGAUGAUGGACAAGCAGUGGGGAGCACCAAGCUGGCGCGGUCUGUUCAACGUCGGUGUGCUAACCAUCGUCAUCGUCGUCAUCGUCGGCCUCUUCGCCGGAUGGCCCAUAUACCAAUACGUCCUCACGGGCCGCUUCCCGAACAGUGCAUCUGGGACCGGUAUGACCUGGGGCUGGGGUCCGGGUGGCAUCAACGGCUCGGGCCAGGUGCCCAAGAUCACGGGGUUGCCUUCGCUCAUCGACAAGGAGACUCCCCACUCGGUCUACACCCGCAAGGGCCAUGAUGGCAAUACAUACAACCUCGUCUUCUCGGACGAGUUCAACGUUCCCGGACGCACGUUCUGGGAGGGAGACGAUCCGUGGUGGGAAGCCGUUGAUCUGUGGUACUGGGGAACCGUCGAUUAGUGAGUCGCCUCGCUCUGGGCUGCCCGUGUCGACGUUAUACCAUCGCCCGAUAGGUAGCUGACCAUAUAAUGUCGACGCCUUCUCUGCUCCUUCGCAGCGAGUGGUAUGAUCCUGACGCCAUCGUCACCAAGAACGGCAAGCUCGAAAUCACUAUGACGCAAGAACCGAUCCAUGGACUCAACUUCCGUUCGGGCAUGCUGCAAAGUUGGAACAAGUUUUGCUUCAGUGGUGGUGGUAUCAUCGAGGUGUCCAUGUCGAUGCCCGGUACGAGUAAAGCUAUGGGUUUCUGGCCGGGUGUGUGGACGAUGGGCAACCUCGGCCGACCUGGUUACGGCGCGUCCAACCACGGCAUGUGGCCUUACACUUACAACUCGUGCGAUGUCGGAACGUUGCCAAAUCAGACCUGGCCCAACGGAACCUCUCCUGUCGCUGCCAAGACGUCAGGAUCCAAAGACUACGGUGGCGAGCUCUCGUACCUCCCCGGUCAGCGAGCCUCGGCUUGCACCUGCCCCGGCGAGGAUCACCCGGGCCCGAACGUCGGCGUUGGACGUGGCGCUCCCGAAAUCGAUAUCAACGAAAUGCAAGUCGACUACCGCGGCACGGGAUCGACGUCACAGUCGAUUCAGUUCGCUCCCAUGGACGCUGGCUACCUGUGGAAGAACACGACCCCGGAGACGGUUAUCUACAACUCGAGCAGGACGUUCCAGAACCAAUGGCAGGGUGCCAUCUACCAAGAGAGUGCGUCGGUCAUCACCUUAACGGAUGACACGAGUUACAACGAUGCUGGGUACACUCGAUUCUCUUACGAGUACACGACUGGACCCGACGGCUUCAUCACUUGGGCUGUGAACGACACGGCGACAUGGACGAUUAACGCCGCGGCGAUCGGCCCCAAUGCGGAGGCCGGCAUUGGCCAGCGUCUCAUUUCCGAGGAGCCCAUGUCGAUUGUGCUCAAUUUGGCUAUCUCGGACAAGUUUCAGCCUCCCGAAUGGUCCAAGAUCACCUUCCCAGGCGUGCUGCGCAUCGACUUCGUGCGCGUGUGGCAACAAGGCAAGGGCGACGUCGGUUGCGACCCGAGCCACCACCCCACCGCAGAUUACAUCAACCGGCAUCCCGAUAUUUACACGAAUGCCAACUUGACCUUGUACAGCCAGACCAACUACACGUGGCCCAAGAACAGCCUCAGUGCGACCGGAUGCAACUAG